AAAACAAAACCAAAAAAAAAAAAAAAAAGAAUAACCACAGAAGAGGAGAAACGCUGCAGAGUAUGGAACGCUGUAGCACUUUCUGAAAUAUUUGCUGGGGAUCCCCGUGGAGCAUGAUCUUUUAAACUAUCCUUUUUGAAGCUGGUUUGGGUAACUGGGAAAAUGAUACAUAUGCUAAAUGCAGCAGCUGAGCGAGUGAAAUGGACCAGAUCGGGUGCUGCUAAAAGGGCUGCCUGCCUGGUGGCUGCCGCAUAUGCAAUGAAAACCCUCUAUCCCAUCAUUAGCAAGCAUUUAAAGCAAACGGGCCGCAGGAAGAAAAAAGAAGCUCAUGGGGCUGCAGAGAACAGAGAAACACUGCAUCGCACCGAGAUUACUUGUAAAAAACCUUCACCUGGAGUGAAUGCAGAUUUUUUCAAACAGCUACUAGAACUUCGGAAAAUCCUCUUUCCAAAACUUGUGACCACUGAGACAGGGUGGCUCUGCCUCCACUCAGUGGCUCUCAUCUCAAGAACCUUUCUGUCUAUCUAUGUGGCUGGUCUGGAUGGAAAAAUUGUAAAAAGCAUUGUGGAAAAGAAGCCUCGGACUUUCAUCAUCAAAUUGAUCAAGUGGCUUCUGAUUGCCAUCCCUGCCACCUUUGUCAACAGUGCAAUAAGGUACCUGGAAUGCAAAUUGGCUUUGGCCUUCAGAACUCGCCUAGUAAACCAUGCCUAUGAAACCUAUUUUACAAAUCAGACUUAUUAUAAAGUGAUCAAUAUGGAUGGGAGGCUGGCAAACCCUGACCAGUCUCUUACUGAAGAUAUUAUGAUGUUCUCCCAGUCUGUGGCUCACCUGUAUUCCAAUCUGACCAAACCUAUUUUAGAUGUAAUUCUGACCUCUUACACCCUCAUCCAGACUGCUACAUCAAGAGGUGCGAGCCCAAUUGGACCCACCCUUUUAGCAGGGCUUGUGGUAUAUGCCACUGCUAAAGUGUUGAAAGCCUGCUCUCCCAAGUUUGGUAAAUUGGUGGCCGAAGAAGCUCAUAGAAAAGGCUAUUUACGGUAUGUGCACUCCAGAAUUAUAGCCAAUGUUGAAGAAAUUGCCUUUUACGGAGGACAUAAGGUAGAAAUGAAACAACUCCAGAAAAGUUACAAAGCUUUAGCAGAUCAGAUGAACCUCAUUUUAUCCAAACGUUUGUGGUACAUUAUGAUAGAGCAGUUCCUGAUGAAGUAUGUUUGGAGCGGCAGUGGACUAAUUAUGGUGGCUGUACCUAUUAUCACUGCAACUGGCUUUGCAGAUGGUGAAGAUGGCCAAAAACAAGCUAUGGUUAGUGAACGGACAGAAGCCUUUACCACUGCUCGAAAUUUAUUGGCCUCUGGAGCUGAUGCUAUUGAACGGAUUAUGUCUUCAUAUAAAGAGGUCACUGAAUUAGCAGGCUAUACCGCUCGAGUGUACAAUAUGUUUUGGGUAUUUGAUGAAGUAAAAAGAGGCAUUUAUAAGAGAACUGCUGUCGUGCAAGAAUCUGAAAACCAUGACAAGAACAGAGCCAUUAUAGAGUUACCCUUCAGUGACACACUGGAAAUCAAAGGAAAAGUUAUUGAUGUGGAUCAUGGAAUUAUUUGUGAAAAUGUUCCCAUAAUUACACCAACGGGAGAAGUGGUGGCUUCCAGUCUAAACUUCAAAGUACAAGAAGGAAUGCAUCUUUUGAUAACUGGUCCCAAUGGUUGUGGGAAGAGUUCUCUCUUCAGAAUUUUAAGUGGGCUCUGGCCUGUGUACAAGGGAAUCCUCUAUAAGCCACCUCCCCAACAUAUGUUCUAUAUUCCACAAAGGCCAUACAUGUCUCUUGGAAGUCUUCGGGAUCAAGUCAUCUAUCCUGAUUCAGUGGAUGACAUGCGUGAUAAAGGCUACACAGACCAUGACCUGGAAUGUAUCUUACACAAUGUCCACCUCUAUCACAUCGUUCAAAGAGAAGGAGGAUGGGAUGCUAUUAUGGACUGGAAAGAUGUCCUAUCAGGAGGGGAAAAGCAAAGAAUGGGCAUGGCUCGAAUGUUUUAUCAUAGACCAAAAUAUGCAUUGCUGGAUGAAUGUACCAGUGCUGUCAGCAUUGAUGUUGAAGGAAAGAUAUUUCAGGCUGCAAAAGGCGCUGGAAUUUCCUUGCUAUCCAUAACACACAGGCCUUCUCUUUGGAAAUACCACACUCAUUUAUUACAGUUUGAUGGUGAAGGAGGCUGGCGCUUUGAACAAUUGAAUACUGCAAUCCGUUUAACACUGAGUGAAGAAAAACAAAAACUAGAAUCUCAGCUAGCUGGAAUUCCCAAAAUGCAGCAGAGACUCGAUGAAUUAUGUAAAAUUUUGGGUGAAGACUCAGUGCUGAAAACAAUCAAAAAUGAAGAUAAAACAUCAUAAUUUCUUUUGACAGGUUUUAAGAGUUCAUUUUUAGGUAAAGGCUCAGAGACACUCUGUUAUAAGUGCAUGCAUUGUGUUAAGCUAAGCACAGAGAAAAAAGCAGCAAGAAAUAUUUUGUAAGAUUUUAGCAUCAAGGAAAUAUAUGACCUGACUUUUCAGAAGAAAAUAAACAAAUGCAUUAUGUAAGA